ACCUCCCUUUUAAGUAUGGCUUGUGAGACUUUCCUGGCUUUCCCUCACAACUAGAAUAUACUAAACAGGAUUGCUAGUUAGCCACUCCGUCUUCUGGGGGCCGCCUUACCCUGUGCCACCUUCAUUAUAAUACCUGUAUUCUAAUUUUUGGGUUCCAGUAAGGCUGCCCCCAGCCUGGGAAGCCACCGUGGGCAGGGAUGAGAUCUCAGCCUCUGCUGAUUGCUGCCUGCCUCUGCCUCAAGGAAUGUCCACUGUCUAUCUCUCUGCUUCUCCACUUUCUUAUCUACUCUCUUGAGGAAGCUGACAGCCUAAAGUCCUAGUUGCUGGGGCAGCACGACCAAGAAAAGGUAGAUCUCAGACUCGUAAGUCCCCAGAAACAUAGGACUUCUAUUCAGCCGUGGAAAGAGAUGAAGCAUUGACACACUCUACAAUGUGGAUGAAACUGAAACACAUAUGAAAUAUCCAGAAUGAACAAAUCCACAGACACAGAAAGCAGUCUGGUUGUGGCCAGGGGAUGGGGGACAGGAGGGAAUGGGGAGUGCCUACACUUGGUGGAGAGAGGAUUACUUCCAGGAUGAUGAGAAAGUUCUAGAACUAGAUAAACAUGGCAGUUGUGAAACAUUAGGAAUGUACCAAAUGUCACUGAACUGUUUGCUUUAAAAUAGUUAAUUUUAUGUCUUGUGAAUUUUAGCACAAAUUUAAAAAAAAAGAGGUGGCUAAGGGAGAAGGUAGCUGGAACUUCUAGGUCUGAGGGAGGAGGAGAUGGGGUUCAGGACUCCCAGGUCUGAGGAAGAAGGGCUGGAGGUCUGGACUCCAGAGUCUGAGGGAGGAGGGGCUGGAAGCCUGGACUCCAGGGUCUGAGGGAGUUGGGGCUGGGGGUCUGAACUCCAGGGUCUGAAGUAGGAGGGGCUGGGGGUCUGGACUCCAGAGUCUGAGGGGGGGGGGAGCCUGGGCCUCUGAGUCUGAGGGAGGAGGGGCUGGGAGCCUGGACUCCUGAGUCUGAGGGAGGAGGGGCUGGGGGCCUGGACUCUUGGUCUGAGGGAGGAGGGGCUGGGAGCCUGGACUCUUGGGUCCAGGGGAGGCUGGGGCCCAAUGGCCUGAUUUUUAAGAGGGGAGGAAACCAGAGUUAGUUGAGCAUUGCUAUGCCUGACAGACAAAAGAAGGAUCAGAGUAGAGGAAGCAAUUGCUUUCAGGGGGGAGGCUCAUUAGAUGGAGAUGUCGACACCAAGGCCUCCCUUCCCACCCUGAGCCAACCCACUGGGGAAUUCCAGCUGCUGCCCAGAGGAAGGGAGAGGGGAAGGCAAGUGAGGGGGAGGAAGCAGGGUCACCAGGGCCCCACACCCAACAGCCUAAGGACAGAAACUGUACCCGGAGGAGCCUGGCCUGUGGGCCUGGAUUCUGGGGCACUGGAGGAGGUUCCUCACCUGAGAGAGAGGCAGACAGACAGACAGAGAAAGGCUUGUGGUCCCUUUCCUUCUCCUGCAGAGCCGGGUAUGUGGGGCUACCUGUCCCUGCUGCCUGCCUUCCUGGCCCUCUGGGCUAUCACUGGAGUCUGGACCGUUUUUGCCCUGGCCGUAGCCAACAGGUCUGUGAACCUCACCGAAGGUUUUCCCUACAUCAGCCUCUGUGGAUCUUACCCCCCUCAGAGCUGCAUCUUCAGCCAGCUGCUCAACAUGGGAGCUGCUAUGGCCGCCUGGAUCUGCAUCAUCCGUUACCACCAGCUCCGGGACUGGGGAGUCGGAAGAUGGUUUAACCAGGUGAUCCUGUGGACGGGGCUUCUGUGUGCCCUGGGCACCUCCGUGGUGGGCAAUUUCCAGCAAAAGAACCAGCUGCCCGUACAUCUGACAGGGGCCUUCUUUGCCUUAUUCGUGGGCAACCUGUACUUCUGGCUGCAGCUCUUUCUCUUCUGGUGGAUGAAGAGCCUGCCCCAACCUGGGGCCCCCUGGAUCAGGCCACUCCGCCUGGGCCUCUGCAGCCUCUGCACCAUCCUCAUGGUGGCCAAUAGCAGGGAGUCUCUUGGCCAAGACCCAUCAUGAAGUCCAAUGGUGGAACUUGUGGUAGGCGGAAGGCAGCUUGCACCAGCUCUUGAGACCAGUUCGUAUCUCUUCCCAACUCCAUGUUUGGUGCUACCACUGACCUUGGUGAGAGUCUUCACAACAUAGAAAUUGGCCAACACUGCAAAUCAGAGCUGGUAGUUAACCAUUUACCAUCAUGCCUACUUCUGGGGAAAGACUCCACCCAGCCCAGUUCUUAGUCUCCAUAGCACGACACGCCUCUGGGUGGCUCAAAUCACGGUCUGUGUUUUAGUUUCCGUAUCUAUAAAAUGGAGUUGUUUUGAUUACUGACAGGUGAAGUGCCCUGAGAGAUGAGAGGGCUGGAGGCAAACUCAGUCUCCCUGACUGAUAUCCUCCUAGGGGAGGGUGGAAGGGAGACCAGAAAGCUAAUGGGUGUUCAGAAGAGGCUAGAGGGAAGCAAGCUGAGGUCCUGUGCUCUCUGUACGAGGACAUCUGCUUAUUUGGAGUUAUCCCUACAAAUGGAGCUGGCAGUCCCAUCUCCCAGAGCAGCAAACUGAAUCCCAUGGAAUAGGUGAGACGGGCUGACCCCUCAGCUAAGCCUUUAGCUACUCCAGCCAUAUGAGCAACAUCUCUCCUCUGCAGAGGCCCUGUUGGUGAUAAGAUCCAACUGGCCCCUUUUAUUUUAUUAUACUUUUGUUUUUAAAAAGAUUUUUAUUUAUUUAUUUAUUUAUUUAUUUAUUUAUUUAUUUAUUUAUUGAGAGUGAGUGAGUGAGAGAGAACAGGAAGAGGAGCUGAGCACAGAUCAUGACAUGAGGCUCCAUCCCAGGACCCUGAGACCAUGACCCAAGCUGAGACCAAGAGUUGGUGACUUAACUGAAUGGCUCAGGUACUCCUUGCUUGCUCCUUUUAAAACCCCAGUUGGGUUGAUAAUCAGUUAGGCUGCAGGGUCCUUAUUCUGUGGGGCUCAAGUAUCCCUUGGCCCUGGAGCAGGGAGAUGGACCGACCAUAAAGACAGCCAGCAAGCUUUGCGCAGUGGCAGUAUCGCAGCCAGUGAGGUUUAUCUGAGGCUCGAUUAUUAAUAGUUGAAGAUGGCCAGCAUUGUGUGAUAGGAGCUCGGGGUCUGCAAGGAUGGGUCUGCGAACUGGCAGGUUCUGAACUGGUCUUGCAGAACCAGCUUUUUGCCUGCAUUGGGAGGUUGGGGAGACACUACAGGUGCAUGCUGAGGGUGGGAGAACCAGCUUGGAGAUGAAGCUGCUGGCAGGGCCUGAGACAAGCAUCUCCAGUGCUCAGGUGAGGUUUUAAAGGCUCUCAUUUCUGCAUGGCUCAAUAGGGAACCAUGGAAAGCUUAUGAGCAGGGGAGGAAUAAGGCCAUUUCUGGGGGUAACCACCUUGUGUGUGGGUGCUCUCAUGUCUCCUUUGCUCUAGGAUUCAUGGGGUCGGGGUGAUGUUGGCCUUAUUCACUGCCUAAAAAUCCUUGAAUGAAUGAAAUGUGUAAACUGAUCUAGGAGUGGGUGGGAGCUAGCUAGGUUGAUAAACAGAAAGGUUGUUGCAGUGAGGGGGCCCCAGAAAAUCAGGGACCUCUCUGAUAGUCUGAGGUUGGAGUGUGUGUGUGCUGGUGGUUGAAAAGGUUUUCAGGGAGCACCUGGCAGGCUCAGUCAGCAAAGCAUGUGACUCUUGAUCUUGAGGUUGUGAGUUCAAAUCAUACUUUGGGUGCCGAGUUUACUUAAAGAAAGGAAGAAGAAAAAGAAAAGAAAAAAGAAAAGAAAAAGAAAAGGAAGUUUUCAGGAGCAGGGGAUUGAGGACUGGAGAUGAGACAGUGCAGACCAGAAAGAGAUGAGCUAGGCCAGUGGGAUAAACCUUGGGCGACCAGCUGGCCAUGGGGAUGAGGAAGGGGAGGGGGUGAGUGGGUGGCAGAACUGUCAUCAGAUGGGAACACCAGGAAGAGGAGCAGAUUUUAGGGGGUGAGUGGGAGUGGCCAGUGUGCCACAGGUGGGGGAUGAAAGUUGCCAACAGAGCCCAAGGCCAGCGCCCUGGUCGGUGUCUUUAGGAAACCCUGAAUAUUUGAUGGAAGAAGCAGUUGCAGCUGCUUGUCUAACAAGGCAAGUGGGAGAUGGUGAUGGUGGAGCCCUGAUGGGGUCAGGGAGGAUUGAGGGUAAGACAAAAACCUCGUUUUGGGAUGUUGGAAAUGCCAUAGGAACGGGAGGAACAUGCCAGUGGAACAUCUGGGAAACUACCUUGGACGGGUCGGAAGGCAUCCCUGUAAGUGUCUGGGAGCUGGGUGGUUGGCUGGAGGCCAUUCUGCCAGUGUAGGACACCCAGCAACAGUGACCCAGCAGGCUCCCGGACCCUUCCUGCUUGCUGUGGCCCUUGACCCUGGUGUAAAGUGGUCAUCCUCCACCAUUGGCCGCUGCGCUCGGCCUCCGCUGCCUGUGAGUGGGCCAUCGCCAUGCUGCUGUUCAUGCUCUUCGGCUUGUUUGCAGUGGAUUUUUCCUGCCUGGAUGGCUGCACC